AAGCUUUUCAACCUUAGGAGAAUCGUGCAAUGGCGUUUGAAGUAAAAUAUUAUCAUAAUCAAGAGAAAGUGUUCUACACGGAGGAUCAUGUGUUGGUGAAGAAUCUGUUUCUAGUGAUUUCCGGAGAGGAGCUGGAGCAGCAGGAGCUUCAAAAGUAUUUCGAGAAAUAUGGAUGUGUUAAGCAAUUGCAUCUGUUUUCGAGUGAAAAUAAAAUUAUAAGAACUAACGAUGAUGACUUUGCGAAUGGAGCACGAACUGGCUACGUUGUCUUUGAGAAUCCUCUUCAUGCUGCCAAUGCAUUGAAGAAGAAGUUCCAUCAUAUAAAGAGAUGCCGUAUAACAGUUCAGCCAAGUUAUAGUUGGUAUCAACCAGAUUUCGAGAAAAUACCGGAUAAUUCGGAAAAUGUGGAUCCCACUGAAGAUGCUGCCACUACGGAACCGAAUGAUGAAGGCCUUGCUCAUCAAUUCGAACAAUUAUCGAUAUCUAAUCGCGUUCGAUUUGCCCGCACCAGUUUUCGUCAUCGACAAAUUUAUGAGGAAAUGUCGCCCACGCUGGACAAAUCUAUCGAAUUUGAAAUGUUUUAUGAAAUGAAUGCAAGGGAAUUGCGUGAUUUUUUUAAACUUUCCGGACGUAAUGUAAAGCAAAUCGAAGGAAGAAUACCAGAGCAGCACUGUGACAUUGUGUGCAACUUAAUUAAAAAGUAUUUAAUUAAUUUAGAGUCAAUGACAAUCUGGGACACCAGAUUUACCUCGUACAACAUGUUGAAAAUAUUUGCUAAUCUAAAUAGUAUUCAAAAUCUGAAAUUAAUUAGAUGCUACCUCAGAAAUGACGAUCUGCAAGCGAUCGAACAUUUAAAUGAGCUUAAGGAACUGGAUCUUUCCUUUAAUGGUAUGUUAACUGCAAAGGGUUUGAUUUAUUUACCAAGUUCUAUUGAGUCAUUGACUCUGAGAAACUAUGAAUCAAUGUCGGACCCGGAAAUGUUGAAUUCAAUAUUUCGCAAGCUACCGCAACUUAAAAACUUACACAUACCAGACUUUAUUCUCAAAUCCCCAUUGUUCGAACAGCUUAUUAUCGACAAUUGCUGUGAAUCUUUGGAGACUCUCUCCAUUGGCUGCGACAAUAACGAGGUUGGUGAUUAUCAUCACAUUGCAAGGAUACCAAACCUGAAGAAACUAAUAAUGAAAGUAAUACCUCCAAUCCUAAUGACAUGGCUGGUGAAGUUUAGGUCCCAGCAGUUGGAACAUUUAGAUAUACUUUCAUAUACUGGAUGUGGUAUAAAUGACGAUAUCCUUCCAGAGAUUGGAAAGCUGAGCGCAUUGCGUACACUGAGUUUGCCAGCCGGUAAUGUGAUCACCGAUCACGGCUUAGAGUCGCUACAUAACUUGCAAUAUUUGACAGAAAUCAAUAUCAAAGAUAAUCGGAAAAUUACGGACAAUGGUGUACUCCAACUGAUCCUUGCCUGUCCCAAACUAAGAGUGUUAAAUCUUGAAUACUGCUGGACACUCACCGAACAGCUUCUUCACGAUAUUGUUUUGAAUCUACAAGACAAUCAAGAUCAUCGACCGCUUCCUAUUCAACUAUUUAUGUUUGGCACCAAAGUCAAUAAAUUGACGCUACUUAAUUCGGAUGAGGCUGACACGAAUAUAAUUGAUGUAGUAUUUUAAAUACAUGCAUACAUAAGUAAUAUUAUUGGAUAUCUCUUAAUUUUAAGAUUACAAAAAUCCUAAACUUUUUUAUUUUGUCUUUUGCUUAUCACAUU